AUGUGUGCGAAGACAUCUACUUACACUACACCUAUCCCGGUUGAAUAUUCCCAACAUAGGAUCCAUUUUGGCAAUGCAGGACCUCUUGGGUUGAGUGCGUUUGCACUAACCACCUUUGUUCUUUCUAUGGUCAACUGCCAGGCACAAGGUGUCACAACACCGAAUAUCGUCAUUGGAUUAUCUAUUUUCUACGGUGGUCUUGUGCAGCUACUGGCAGGCAUGUGGGAACUCGUUAAUGAUCAUACUUUCAAUGCUCUUGCAUUGUCAUCUUAUGCUGGUUUCUGGAUGAGUUACGCUGCCAUUUUUGUUCCUUGGUUCAACAUCUCGGCUGCCUAUGAUUCCGAUGAAGAGUUGCAAAAUGCCGUUGGCAUUUUCCUUUUAGGUUGGACUAUUUUCACAUACGGGUUGUGUUUGGUCACUAUUAAAUCUACUGUGUUGUUCUUUGGAUUAUUUUUCAUGCUUGGAAACACUUUUUUGAUGCUUAGUAUUGGAUCUUUUGUCCAAUCUACUGCGUGUACUAAGGCAGGAGGUGUAUUAGGUAUUAUUACUGCCUUCAUUGCUUGGUUUGUUGCCUAUGCCGGUGUUUCCAACAAGGAUAACUCGUAUCUUACCAUUACACCGAUUCCAAUCCCUGUCUAUCACCAUCGCGAUUAA